UACGACCAGUACGUUCGUCUCUGUGUACCUGGGUGUACAUAGUUUAGGUCUUUCCGUCCAACGUAACAUUGACGGCGCGGCUCUGAUUUCCACGCGUGCCUCAAGGACAAGCCCGACGAGCGAUAAGAACGGACAUCGCGAUAGAAAAAGACGAGGAGAGCGCAGUGACAUACCGGGACAGCAUAGAGGAGACGCGUCUAGAGCAAUCGCGCACAUAGAGACCCGGCCGAGUUUUCGACGCUUCGUCUCGAGCGUCGCAGCCCAAAAAGACAGCAGCAGCGUCGUCGCACGUCGAUUUUACGGAAGGACAGCGUCAGGAGAAGGAGGGCGGCAGUAACAGGUGGAAAGUUUUAGAAUAAUCGGAGGCGAUGGAUCAAGGAUUCCCGGGGCAGCACACCACCACGACCACGGUGACGACCACCACAACGACCACUCAGCCCAACAUACGGUUUGAUCCGGCGUACGCGAGAACAAUACCCGGAAUUUUGAAAAUCGUGCAAGUGGUACUGAAUCUCCUGGGAUUUAUAUGCAUAACGGUGUCGACUCACAGUAGUCACAGCCGGGGAGGAUGGUUCAAUACCGUGGCCAUGUGCGGCUUCUGGUUCACGGGAAUCCUGCUCGUUCUCUACUUGUUCCACAUCAUCGAGAAGUUUGCCAGGAUCCCGUGGCUUAAAAUUGAAUUUGUAUUCUGCACGGUUUGGACCGUUUUUUACUUGUUGGCCGCUUCCCUCGCAGCUGACUACGCGCGUUACACGGAAGCCUUCGGCGUGGCAGCGUUCUUCGGAUUUUGCGCGAUGGUGGUGUACGGCUACGAUGCUUGGCUGAAGUUUAAGGCGGUGAAGAGCGGAGCUUUGGCACAGGGCCAGCACACGCCGAAACAAGUGUCCACCGUCACCAGCCCGGCGUAUUAAAAUCCGAAGACGGGCCCAGAGAGCACGGACGGACCAUCGAUUGACUGAUUGCACCGAUCGCUCAAUCGAGACAUAUCGUAUCUUUGUGCGGGGCCAGCCUUUUUAAUUACGACGCAUUUCUUUUGUGCGGUUAAACGUCAAGCGGCUUUUUCCGCCCGACGUUUUUCCCUUUGAUUGCACGUGUGUAUGUGUGUGUUUGUACGUAUGCAUACUCAUUUAUUUUCACCCGGGUACGUACACUUUUUUUUUUUUCUUCUCUCUCUCUCUCUCUCUCUCUCUCUCUCUUUGUCUCCUUUUCUCUUUUCCUUUUUUUAUCAAAUUGAUAAGUUUUUUAUACUUGAUAAAGAGGAGGCAAUAAUCUACUGCGCUGUAGCAUUAACUCGUUAACUUAUAUUCUAACAAUAAGAAGCAAUACGCUCUCACACGCGCGUUAUCUAAAUGGAUAUACAUAAUCGAACAACGAUUGUUGAUAUUUUAUAAUAACGCUCGCGGCGUUCUUGCUUUCGGCACACUGUUAUUUAUGCGACGAUGCAUUUGCAUUGUGUACAUAUAUAUACAAACACAACAAGUUGUAAACAUUGUUGAAUCAGUAUCUUAAAUUAUUAUUGAAAUCGAGGCGACGCAUUGUGGUGCAGCGAAGCUCGGACGUGUUUUAGUGUCAUGUCGAAUGCUGAUGCGAGUGCUAAAUCUAUUUUAAUCUCCUUGAUCCUUGUUUGCAAAAUCGGCCCAGUCAAUCUUGUAUUGUUUUCCACAGAACGUUUUGGUUAACGAUGGUAUUUGUUUUUUGGUCUCGUCGAAGUAUAGUAAAGAUACAGGAUAUAUUAGAUAUAUCCAUUCCGUAACUUCAUAACAUUAUCUUUGUAGUUAUAUGCUGCACAAAUGUAAUUUGAAAGUCUGAAAAUGUGGAAUUCUCAGAAAAAUUUUUCCCCGAAGAAAUCCGGAUAUUUUAAUAAGACUGAAGAAAUUUUUAUUGAAAAUGUCGAAUUUUUAAAUUUUACUUUUAUGUUGCAAUCGAUCGAUUAGUGAUUCUUCACUCUCUUUUUUUAAAUACUUUCUAAAUUUAAUAUUUUGAAUUUGUGAGCGAUUCUCUUUUUCCUUCACAAAUACAAAUAGAAAAUAUUGAGAAACAAAUUUUUAUUUUCAAUUGUAAAUAUAAAAAAAUGUACUCUAUCUUUGCCAAAUUUGAUACUUGGAAAAUGAGAGAAUUUUUUUCAAGGUUUAAGAGUAUUUAUUUUUGAUAUUAUAAUAGCUGCGCAAUAUGAUACACAAUGAAUUAUCGUUGAAAAUUACAGAAUAUUGAUAAAGGCGAAAUAAACUCAGCGAAGAGCAAUACAUUAUUUCUGUGUAAAAGUAAGAUCAAUCUCGAGUAUUAAAAUCUUGAAUAUCUAGAGUGUACUUGCACGCGAGCCAUUUGCAAGCAGGAGCGGAGAACAUAUAAAGUUAAGAUAUUGAAAUACUAUGUUUUUUCUCUUUCAUGUCGUGCGUAGUCCUUUUAGAUUGUUGUGUAGACUUUCUAGACCGUUCGAUAUUACGCUUCGUAAGUCGCUAACACACACUGAUGGGAUCAAAAGUGCAGUUACGACUGCGCGAAUUGUACAGGGACGCAAGAAACAUUUGACGUAGCGUGAUCAAGUAAAACGGCUCUCGAGUCACCGUAUCGACUCGCGGCGUAUACAUAUCCGCUGCAUUUGUCAUAUCAUCACAUCACAUUACUCGAUUAUGCGUAAUCUGGCAUGAUCGAUGGUCACGAAAAUUCUCUGUGUCACGAAUAUGCGAAUAAUUACGCUUCGUUGAGGAAUACUGUCUGUUACAAACGACAUAAAAUAUAUUUAUUAGUUUUGUUAUCCUUCAAGAUCGAAUAUAUACAUCGAUAUAUAUAUAUACAUAUAUAUAUACACGACAUGAUAUACACUUGUCAAUCAAUGUCUAGUUAAAUAUAUGGCGCCAUGAAUAGUGUUAUGUAUAGCAACAAUUGGCGAAAUAACAUUUCGAUAUCAGUAAAUGUAUUCAACGAAAUAAAUGAUCGAUUGUUGUUUCCUGGA